AUGCCUCAGCAGAACGUUCACCAAAGUAUAGCAGACGAUGCCCAAUCUGGUGUUUAUGCUGAAAAAGAGCAUUCUAUUGCAUCUGGAGCGCAUAGCGAACGAGCAGCCCCCGCGGCGUUUGCUGCAGACGCACCGGUCUAUCGCCCGUCACCGCAGGACCUCGAAAACUUUGUGAAUUAUGUCCAUCGUUCUUUCACCGAAUGGGAAAGCCACGGUAUCGUGGUGCUUUCGAUUCCACCGGCUUGUCUGGAAAAAUACGGCGUCUCCGAAAUGGAGCUUACCGAGGCGCUGCAUCAGACCAUGGUGCAGCCUCGCGUGCAACGCUUCCCGCAGUUCGCACCCAGCGAGCGUAGCCAACGUUCACCGCAGAAAAGAGUCCGUCGAACAUGGUCUAACGCUGGUUGGCCCUGCUUUCCCGAGAGCAAUCGCUCCAUGAGUGCAGCAGCGUUUCGCGAUCAAGUGCGAGCACUCGAUGCCCAGCUCGUGGAUUGGCUGCAGACGCACGCGCGUGCUUCGCUCCCCGCAACGAGCGAGCCAGAAACGAAGAGCAUCCCACUAGAAACCAGACUGAAGUGGCAGAAAAGUAUCAUCCCCGAACGGGUGCAAUGGCUCGAGGCUUGUUUCUGGGAAGCGCUGGAGCACGGCUUUGCAGGUCAUCCUCGCUCUGUCCAGUACGCAAUAGAUAUUGUUGGCCUCUCGGGUAGUGUCAGCGACACUGAACUUCCACCAUGGUUACCGCAGGGCCUGCAUUAUCAUCGCCACCAUCAUCAGGCAACAAGUUGCGAGGGAUGCACAGGCGCGGGUACGUCGCCCGGGGGGCAGGCAGUACCCCUGAAACCUCUCUCCCUGUUGCGCUUUUGGCCACGAGCAGGAGGGAUCAACGUACCUAUGGCGUAUUUGGGGGGGUUGUUCACUCGUUUCGGUUUACACGUCGAGGAUAUGCAUCUGUGCUCGUUAUCGAUGCUCUGGUUCGGUGAACCCAAAGUUUGGUACGCGAUACCAGCAAGUUUCGCGGAUCGUGUCGAGCACCUGAUCAUGGAGCGCUGGAGCGCGGCGUCCUUGAGCGGGGCCAACGCUUCGUGCUCGGGGGCGCUGCGCACCCCGCACACCCUGCCCUGGGCUCUAACGAGCAAGUCGCUGUUGAUAUCGCCGGCGUCAUUGGCUCAGCACGGCAUUCCCGUGUAUCGUGCAGUGCAAGUACCGGGUCAAAUCGUGCUGACCAUGCCGCGAGCCUAUCACUGCGGUUUCAAUUGUGGCUGGAAUGUGGCAGAGGCAGUCAACUGGGCACCACUGGAGUGGCUUGCUUUCAGCCGCAGAGCCAUCGGCUGGGAACGUGCGCUCCAGAAAACAGGAACCGUGAAUGACGUGUUACUUGGAUUUGUGCAGAUGCUGGCUGCGCUGAAUCAGGCGGGUGCUGCGCUUUGGAGCAAUCGGGAACGCAGUCUGCUGCGGCAAGCGCUGUGUCCCUGUGUUCGUGCCAACCUGCUUCUCAUUGAACUGUUUCGGCGAGAGCAGACUCUAAAAUGCCGAGCAGACAAUCCUGCAAGUUGCUUUCUCGUGUACUGGAUUCGUUCCAGUGCAGCGUGCUUGGAGGCUGCAGCUGUGCUGCAUCACUGGCGACGAAAGUUGCGCCUUGAACGCCUGCAUCGCUCGUGGACGACCACGCGACAGCGGGCUUGGAAUAGCGUGACGAAUACCCUAGCCAAUGCGCAGGUUUGGCGAUUUCCGCGAAUGGCAAUCGAUCGACUUGUCGCAGGGCACAGCUGGUGGCAAGAGGCAAUCUGUGUUUCGACGCUGUUCUGUAGUGUAUGCAGAGCAGCUUGUGGCAUCAAUUUCGCCAUCUGUCUUGAGUGUUUGGAGUUCGAAGGCAAUCUCGUCAAGGGUAUUCGCUGUGAAGAACAUCUCAUGGUUCCGUGUCACGCGGAAUUUGCUUCGGGAGUGCUGAUGCCGCCCCGAACUGAGUGUCAGCGCGAAGCAUGCCGGCCUUACGACCAGCACUCUGAUCCUGUCGACCAGGAGGAUGCGCCCGCGCGUCAACAGCAACAUCAACAGUUACCCAUGUUGGUGGUCAGUCAUCUGCCACCAGCGAGACUGCUUGGUCGUCUUCUACGUUAUUGGAACGAGUCAACCACGAUUUUCCGCGCAUGCGAUGAUUCGUUGUCGGCUUGGCGGUAG